GGGGGCGCGCGCUCUUGGGUGCGCGGCCUGGCGCGCGUGUAACGGCCGCUAGUCAAGCUGAGAGACGCAACCGCCGCCCGAGGCAGACGUGGUAGCCGCAGGCAGUAUCCCUGAGUGAGGGGUUUCGCCGCCGGCUCUCAGUCCGCUUAUUCCUUAAUUUUACAUGGCCAUGCAGGAGAAAUACCCAAAUGAGAGGAUGCCUCAUGCCACUUCACCAGGUUCCAAUGUAAUUCAGAAAGGAAGUUCCCUGGGGACUGAAUGGCAGACACCAGUUCUCUCAGAGGCCUUUCGGAACCGCUUCAGCCGCUGUUCAAGUAUAGCUGACAGUGGGGACACAGCCAUUGGCACAUCAUGCUCAGACAUUGCAGAAGAUUUUUGUAGCUCAAGUGGCAGUCCUUCUUUUCAGCCUAUUAAAAGCCACAUAACCAUUCCAACAGCCCAUGUGAUGCCUUCUACUUUGGGGACCUCUCCUAUCAAGCCAAAUUCUACGCCCGCUGGAUCCUCUUCCUCCAAACUUCCUCUGUCAGGGUUGGCUGAAAGUGUGGGGAUGACAAGAAAUGGAGACUUUGGUGCAGUGAAACGUUCUCCAGGCCUGUCUAGAGAUCUCAUGUAUCUUUGUGGUGCUGCAGGGGAAAAUGGGAUUGAGCAGUCUCACUGGUUUCCAGCCGUGGGCCAUGAAAGAGAAGAAGAGAUGAGGAAGUUUGAUGUUCCUAGCAUGGAACCUACCCUCAACCAGUCGGCCAUGAUCGAUACACUUUAUUCAGAUCCCCAUUACCGAGUCCACUUCAACAACCCAAGAACUGAUCCCAACAAGGAGUUGUAUAAAGUAUUACCCGAGGCCAAGAAGGCGCCAGGCAGUGGGACAGUAUUUGAGAGGAAUGGACCACACUCUAGCAGCAAUGGAGUGCUCCCUUUGGGACUCCAGCCUGCUCCUGGGCUCUCCAAGCCUCUAUCCUCUCAGGUGUGGCAACCAAGUCCUGACCCUUGGCAUCCUCGAGAGCAAUCUUGUGAACUUAGUACUUGUCGGCAGCAGCUGGAAUUAAUCCGUUUACAGAUGGAGCAAAUGCAGCUUCAGAAUGGAGCCAUCUGCCAUCAUCCUGGUGCUUUUGCUCCUUUACUGCCCACCAUAGAACCAGCACAGUGGAUCAGCAUCUUGAACAGUAAUGAACACCUUCUGAAGGAAAAGGAACUUCUCAUUGACAAGCAGAGGAAACAUAUCUCUCAGCUGGAGCAGAAAGUGCGAGAGAGUGAACUACAAGUCCACAGUGCUCUUUUGGGUCACCCUGCCCCCUUUGGGGAUGUCUGCUUGCUGAGGCUACAGGAAUUGCAGCGAGAGAACACUUUCUUACGUGCACAGUUUGCACAGAAGACAGAUGCCUUGAGCAAAGAAAAGAUCGAGCUUGAAAAGAAACUUUCUGCUUCAGAAGUUGAAGUCCAGCUCAUCAGAGAGUCUCUCAAAGUGACACUACAUAAGCAUUCAGAGGAGGGGAAGAAACAGGAAGAAAGGGUCAAGGGUCGUGAUAAACAUAUCAAUAAUUUGAAAAAAAAAUGUCAGAAGGAAUCUGAGCAGAACCGUGAGAAGCAGCAGCGUAUUGAGACCUUGGAGCGUUACCUGGCUGACCUGCCUACACUAGAAGAUCAUCAGAAGCAAAGCCAGCAGCUUAAGGAAUCUGAGUUGAAGACCACAGAGCUGAAAGAGAAAGUGACUGAGUUGGAGAGUUUGCUGGAGGAGACCCAGGCAACCUGCAGAGAGAAGGAGAUUGAGCUGGAAAGCCUGAGACAGAGAGAAGCACAAUGCUCCACUAAACAUAACCUUCAAGACGAGCAGUCUGUGGAAGAAGCUGGUGGAGAAGCUCCCAAAGUGGAAAUGGAGUCCCUGCAGAAGGAAUGUGAUUCCCUUCGAAAGAUUGUGGAGAAGCAGCAACAGAAGAUGGAUCAGUUGCGCUUACAAGUACAGAGCCUAGAGCAGGAAAUGGCUCAAGAAGAAGGAACAAGCCAGGCCCUGAAGGAGGAGGCCCAGCGGAGGGAGACAGCUCUGCAGCAGCUGCGUACAGCUGUGAAGGAGCUCUCAGUGCAAAACCAGGACCUGAUUGAGAAGAAUCUGACACUACAGGAACACCUGCGCCUGGCCCAACAAAGGUCCCCAUCUUCAUCAGACACAGCCCAGCUAGCAUUUGAGCUGCACCAGGAGUUGGCCAAUUGUCUUCAAGAUUUGCAGGCUGUCUGCAGCAUUGUGACCCAGAGAGCCCAGGGCCACGACCCCAAUCUGUCCCUGCUCUUGGGCAUUCACUCCACACAGCGCCCAGGAGAGACACAGCCAGAUUUGCAGAAGCCAGACGUGAUCAGGAGGAAACUAGAAGAGGUUCAACAGCUACGUCGGGACAUUGAGGACUUAAGGACCACCAUGUCAGACAGAUACGCCCAAGACAUGGGAGAAAACUGUGCUACGCAGUGAGGAGUGCCGGGGCUGGACAGGCUGUAUUCCCUUUGGAGGACCUGAGCUGCUAAGAGCCUGGCGAGCAGGUUCCAGCCCUGACAGUCUUGCCUCCUGUCUGCUGCUGUUCCCAGAGAGGAGCCUGAGGGGUGGAGAGGGAAGAGCCUGCAUCUGGGGACCAAGGACUGUUGAAGGGAGGAGUGUACCUGCCCCUGCCCUACACUGGCUUUGCCUUUCUUGGUUAUGUUUAGUUGUUUGUCCUCUUACCCUAAUUUACCUUUUGAGGGUGAGUUACUAACUUUUACAAGUUCAACUGAUAAGUCUUCACUGUUCCCAGCUCUAGGCUGACAUUGAAGGUGAACAAGCUGCUUACCUCUCUUUUCCAUCCUCCAGGGUGGGUCCACAUUCAUUCCUACUCUAUACCUUGGUCCUGCUGAUUCUAGAACUCGUUAGGCCCGAAAAGAUUGAGAUAAGUAGUUAGCAAUGACCAUUUGAAAAUUCUCAGGCCUCGUGUACCACCCUUUGGGGAACUGGGCUAGCUUUUGGGUUUUUCUCAACCCAGUCCCAUAGCUUCUUUCUCAGGGCUAUUUUCCUCAUAGACGCCUCAGAGUGACCUGUUCAUUAGCACAGUAGCCACUAGCAUUGGGCCCCCAGAGACUACAGUUAGGGGUCCUUAAUCUGUCAUGCCUUUUUUUUUAAUGCUGUGCUAUCUUUAUUGGAGAUCACUCUUCAGUUGCCCUGUGUCCCUGGAAUCCUGGCCAUGUGGUCAGUGUAGCAUUCUCCUUUGUUCUCAGGCCUUCCAGGUACCCCUUUUUUGGGCUUUGAGUGUAAAUUUUUCUCUGUGGUUCAGGGCUUGGGUAGAAUUUUCCCCCCCAGAAGGCCACAGAAUAACUGUCAAGCUGCUCACCCUUUUCCGCCAGGCCUGGGGCCUGCGCCAGGCCUUAUUGUGCCUGUCAUGUUUGGGGGAAUUCUUCCCCUUUUCUCUUCUGGUCUCCAGGAGAGUUCAGAGUACCCAGUAUGGGUCAACUUUAAGAUACAGCUUUCACUGUUUUCCUGAGGUUUUUUUGUUUGUUUUGGGUCUUUGGACCCUCUGCUUUCUGGUUUUUCUUAUCUCCUGGUUUAGGGAGCAUCUCCCAGUUGCUAGCAUCUGGUUGUGGGGCCAGCCCCAGACCUCCUCUAAAUCCAGAGCCCAGCCAAGCAGGGGCCACGUGUGGGUUCUGAGGAGCAAAGCAGUUCCAGAGCCUAGAGACAGCCACAAGACUCUGGGCUGUUGGCAGCAUCCUGGACCGCACUCUGGGGCCUGAAUGAGCCUCCUUCUUAAGUGUUUUCACAAGUUUGUGUUUUAUUUGUGGAGUGACUUAUCCCUUCCAUUCAGAGCAGCCCCGCCUGGCUGGCCACCCCCUCAGCCUCUGGGCUCGUGCCUCUUAAAGCAGAGCUGCCUGGUUGGUCUCCACCCUGUGUUGGGAGCCCAGCCACCAUGCUCAGGGGUAUUUUUCCUUGUAAAGUUUAUAAGCAGUUAUUUAUAUGAAUAUUUGUUAUGUCAACUGGUUUGUAAUGCCUAUUUUGAUUACAGAAUAAAAUAUUUAAUAAAAUAUUUAACAGAU